CUCGUUGGAACUCCCCAGACAUUUAAAUUCAUCUGAAUUUAGGGCCCACUCUCUCCCCCGCCCCUCCGGGCCCUCCCCCUCCCAACCAUGCGUCGCUUAUUAGGGUUGGACCUUCCCGUUGCGUGUGUAGUAGGAAGGUAGGCUGCUGCCGUCUUAUGUGCAGAUGUCAGUCCCCGUCUCUCCUAACCACCGCUCCGUAGAUGGUCUACUUUCUUUUCUUUCUUUCGGCUUUGAUUCUAGACCCUGGAGCUCUCACCGACAAUUGGAGUUGCGGCGGGGGAUUGGAUGCUUGUUAUGUAUGUGCGGCGAGUCGGCGACGAGCAUUCGCGAAUUGGAACGGGGAGGUUGAAGGGUGCAUGUGGCCGGGCCCUAGCGUGGAAAUCGUCGUGCAACCGCCACACGAGAGACGAGACAGAGAGAGAGUGGGAGAGAGACAGAGACAGAGCGAGACGGUUGCUUUUUCACCACACACAGGAGGCGCAUGGUAGCUGGGUAUAUCUCGUAAGUCCGAUCGAUG